GACCAAUUGUGAGUUCAACAAUGGCCCAAAUGCCGAAAUCCAAAGAGGUUCUAAAGGGUCCAGACCCGAUGCAUCAAAGGCGACUCAUUAGUGAGUGCCAUUAUCAUGGCCGAACUGCCGGAUCUUAGUGAAGCUUAAUCCAAUUAUACUAUGUUGUCGCCUUGUUCUAAAUCCAAAGAUUUCCUGCAGAACUAUAGAGAUGCCGAUUCUGUCCCUGCCAAAAUUACUUGUGCAGCGAUUCAUAUCUCCAGACAAAAGACACUGCUGGUUCAGGCACUUUGUUGGACAUCUAGGUCGUCGAGCAUAUAAACCCGGAAAAGAUGCCUCCAUCUAAAUCUCAAUCCCCAGCAUCCUCCAACUGCUGCGCCGGUUUAUCUACUGCUUCUAUAUACGCACGUAUUUAGCAGAAACAUACUCAGCAAAAUGAGCUCAGGAGACCUCAGCUGUGCAGACCUCUGCGCGAUCGUCGAAGGCCAUUUUUCAACGGCAGCGUGUCUCUACACGCCCGAAAAUAGCGGUCAGCUAGGAGAAACCGUGCACUGUGAGGGGAAACGGUUUGUACAGUGGGCUGUAGAGUUUGAGAAAAGCGAUGCGCUGGAGGCGUAUUUCAGGUACGAUAAACCGGCGCUGGUAUGUAUCCGAAUGUCGCUUCAGAAUCUUGGAGUGGCUCUAGCAACGCUGAGCAAGAUCUCGAGGAAGGGAGUAAUAAAAGGCUUGUGCAACAAGCUGAACCCGUUCUCCAGGUCCGAUAAGGCCAAUAUCCAGACUCUUGUUGAGGACAUUGCCUCUGAGAACUCCAUGCUCCAAUAUCUGGCCGGGACGGCGAAGCACAGGGCAAACUUUGCAGCGGGAAUUGCAAAGGGGGCUGCGGCGGAGGUUACGGUGGAAGAAGUACCGGCAGAGACAGAUUUUGCAGCAGCGGGCCUUACAAAGGCGUGCAAGGCUGCCGAAGUCAGGGUGGAGGAAAUACAGGUCGAUGAGAUCUGUUUGAUGGAAUGACUUGAUGGCGCUAUGAAUCUUUGCUGUUUUAGACUGUCCAAAAGUACAUUUGGUUUUAUAAAUAGACCACGGAGGAAAGUUAAUGAUUUUUCUUUUCGA